CGUUCGAACGCCGAUGUUCCACGCCCUAACCUACUUCGCCCCGCUCCCCGCCAAAUUCGCGGGUUAUCCGCUCGCAUCUACAGUAUCAGGCGCGGCCGUCUUUCUCGCAGCCAUGCCUGUAGACGCCCUCCCCUUCCAGCCGCACCCCGCCUGCCUCCCGUCGCCUGUUCAAUUUCGUUCUCAAAACGACGCUUCCCCCUCCUCACCUCUUUCUGACACCCUACCGUCGUUUGGUCGCCUACCGUCGUUUGGUCGCCUACCGUCGUUUGGUCGCUUAACCUCGCGGAAAUGGCAGCACCGGCUCUUUUCUCCACUCCGCCCCGUGCGGGCUCGCCCUCAGCCUCGCGCGUGAGGCGCACGAUAGUGUUCUACGACGUCGAGACCACCGUGCCGGCCGCGCGCGGCGAGCGCCACGAGAUGCUCGAAUUCGCCGCCGUGGAGCUCGAGAUCGCGGGCUUCUACGAAACUUCGAGCUACUCCACGUACCUGCGGCCGCCCGAGGGCGUGCGCAUCUCGCGACGGACGGUGGAGAUCAACGGUAUCACGAGCGACACAGUGCGGAACGCGCCGAGCUUCCGCGAAGUUUCGGAUAAGAUCCACGAGCUCAUGGACGGCAAGAUAUGGGCGGGGCACAACAUCAGCCGCUUUGACAACGCCAGGAUCCGAGAGGCCUUCAGCAGCCUGGACAGGGCGCCGCCCGCCCCGGCUGGCGUGGUGGACACGUACGACCUGUUGAGGCGGGAAUUCGGCACCCGGGCGGGUAACUUGAAGAUGGCGUCGCUGGGGGCAUACUGCGGCCUGGGCCAACAAGUGCACAGGGCCAUGGAGGAUGUGCGGAUGAACAUUGAUGUCUUCAAGCAGUGCUCUGCCAUGCUGCUGCUGGAGAUGUGCCACCCCACCCUCUUCCAGCCCCCCUCAACCCCGCCUCGCAGCAAAACGCCACCACGGCAUGCAGCAGCGGCUGCAGCAGUGGCAGCUGUGAAGGCAGGAGCUGCUGCAGCAGCCAAAGCAGUAGCAGAAGCAACGCCAGCAACAGCAGCGACACCUGCUCCACCAGCAACAGCAGCGGUAUCAUCCCCAGGAGCACCCACAGCGGCAGAUGUAUCCGCCCCCGAAACUCCUCCUCCUGCAGUUCUUGCUGCUGCGUCCUCAGCUGCUGUGGUUUCUGCCACGUCAUACUUGCUGAGUCAGGCUUUCCAUUCCAUGAAGAUUGGAUCUGCUGCCACGUGUCAGAUAUUGACUGUUGGUGCCAGCCCAGCCAAGAUGAAGGGGGAAGAGGAGGAGGAGAUUGAGGAUGGGGAGGUGGUGGGGGGGGAAGAGGAGGAGGAGGAGGAAGACGGUGAGGAGGAAGAGGAGGAGGAUGAUAAGGAGGCGAAAUCUCACCAGCAAGAGAAGAGAGGAGGCAAUGGGAAGUGUGGAGAGGAGGGGGUGGGGAAAGGGGAGGUGGAGACGGGGGAGGAGGUGGAUGUGAGCAGGGCGACCGUUUCAGAGUGCAAUGUGUGUCCGUGGUGGUGGCAGCAGCAGCACGACCAGCGCGCCAAGGAGGGCGCUCCCAGGACAAUCGCAUGCCCGCACUUCGACCCCUUCUGGCUGCAGGCCGUGUGGGCCCCUGCUGCUGGUAGAGACUACUGUGGGGGGAAUGGCAGCCGAGGCAGCGGGUGGGGAGGAGGCAGGAGGUACAGCUUGAGGGGAAGGAGUUCGCGUGUGUACCCGAGUGGGUUCACGCCACAGGCGCCAUCUUCUGCUGCUGUUUUGGAGGCAGGGGAAUGGCCUGCCACUGCUGCCACUGGUGGCGGUGGUGGUGGUGCAACUGGUGCUGGUAGUGAGGCGGUGGAGAGUGGGCCUCCGCGCGUGCUGCUGUUGUUCAACAGGCGGUCGCUGCACCUGCGGGAGUGCGGCGCGCGCAUCAAGAUGAGUGUUUCUGAACGCUUUGCCUUUGACGGGGCGUCUGGCCGCCCGUGCUUCUCGGUGCUCCUCGCCAUCUCACCUGCGGCUGCUGCCGCCAUCUCGGCCUGCUUUGACGCGCUAGUGGCGUGCGUGGGGAGUGGCACGGGGCAAGAGGGAGGAGGGGAGGCGAAUGGGGCGGGGGCCGCGGGAGAGGAGGGGAGGGGUGGUGGGUGCGGGGAGGAGGUUCGAAGUCCGUUUGUGGCGGCGUGGGAGGAGCAGGACGGCACAAGAGUGAUCCGAGUCAAGUUGGCAGCGGACGGGGUGAGAGAGAGCGCUGAGUUUCGCACCAAGUUUUUCACCUGCGCUCAAGCACUCCCAGCCACUCCCAGUGCAAGCACUGUCACAAUCGGUGGCAGCAGCAGCUACAAGAGCAGCAGCCAGCGGUCACCGCGUGCAGUGCAGAAGCUUCACCUGCCCGUCGACCCUCAGAAGCUUCACCUGCCCGUUGACCCGCAGAAGCCUCACCUGCCCGUUGACCCGCAGAAGCCUCACCUGCCCGUUGACCCGCAGAAGCCUCACCUGCCCGUUGACCCGCAGAAGCCUCACCUGCCCGUUGACCCGCAGAAGCCUCACCUGCCCGUUGACCCGCAGAAGCCUCACCUGCCCAUCGACCUUCAGAAGCUUCACCUGCCCGUGGACCCACAAGCUGUGUCGUCUGCUCUGCCUGCAGGUGCCACAGUAGACGUCGCCUUUUUGGUUGACGCCUACUGCGUUAACGGGAUUAGAGGACUUAGGUUUGUAGCGGAUGUGAUUGUAGUGAGGGGUUGAAUUCGUGUUGUGGGCACCUUUAACUACCUUCACGUGCUCGUGUGAACUAUUACAUAGUGCCACCUGUCUCAAAGGCCGCUUCACCGCUUUUCAACAUAGAGCUCCGUGUGCAACACCUGUACCGCACAUCUUCCGUAGAGCUCCUUUAGUUAGGCUCGUGGUGCGGACAUGGAGAGGGCGUACGGUGAUACUUGCAAGCUAACC